GUUAUCAAACAUGCAGAGUUUUUGAAAAAUAAGACUUUCCUGACGCGUUCAGGGAAAAGCCUGCCUUUGUCAUCGCAAGGCUUCCGCGCGACAUUACGUCAGUGGCCUUCGACGUCAUGUCGCACACCACGCGACAACUUGUAGACAAGAUGGCGACUGCGGUUAAACCCGAUGUGUAAGUUCAGAUACCGCUGUAGAAAAAGAGCAGAUGAAGCAUGCCUUGGCAGGAGGUAGUUGUACGGCUGGCUGCCUUCGCCACGGUCAUGUGAAGUGUGUGUGCGUGCGUGACUGUGAUGGACAAGUGUAAGCACGUGGGUCGACUGAGGCUCGCACAGGACCACUCGAUCCUGAAUCCGCAGAAAUGGCACUGCGUGGACUGCAAUACCACGGAGUCGGUGUGGGCGUGCCUCAGCUGUUCGCACGUGGCCUGCGGACGCUACAUCGAGGAGCACGCGCUGCAGCACUUCAAGGAGCAGCGCCACCCUCUGGCCUUGGAGGUGAACGAACUGUAUGUGUUCUGCUACCUGUGUGACGACUAUGUGCUGAACGACAACGCCACAGGAGACCUGAAGCUGCUGCGCGGCACACUGGGCGCCAUCAAGAGCCAACGCUACGAGGUGACGACACGCAGCGGGCGCAUCCUACGCUCCGGCGCGGCCCAGCUGGAGCACGGAAAUGCACAGGAGCUGCAGCUGCGCGCGGAGGACCGCAUGUUUACGGCGCUGUGGCACCGACGGCGAGCGCUCAUGGGCCGCGUGUUCCGGACCUGGUUUGGCCACACGGAGCGCGGCAGGAGGUUCCUGGAGGAGGAGCGGCAGCGCGAGGAAGAGGAGGAGCGCAGAAGGGAGGCACGGGAGAGGAGACGAACACUCAAACGGCAGCUCCAGGAAGAGCUGGAGAGCGCGCCGCCGCGGAAGAGCAGCCGGAUCCGGAAGCAGAGCCAGAAAGCAGCGGCUGCCGCAUCCUUAACAGAAGGGAGACAAAUCCAACACACACCAGCUCCGCCCUCUAAUGUUCGGACUCGAAAAGACAAAACGCCUCGGAGAAGGUCGGGCACCUCUGCCAAGACCAAACAGACUCGAGCGCCGACUACCAAUUCUGGCGACUCCCCUAUUAAGAGGCGGCCCACGGUCACGCCUGGCGUGACGGGUUUAAGGAAUCUUGGCAACACAUGCUACAUGAACUCCAUACUGCAGGUUCUGAGUCACCUGCACGUGUUUAGGGAGUGUUUCCUGAGACUGGAUCUGAACCAGGCGCUGGAGCUGUUAGCAUCCGCCGUUAGCCGAAAGCUGGGGCUCUCGGUUCAGCAUGGCAGCCAGCCCAAAGCCGCCGGUCAGGGAUCCGGGCUCAGCGGGGGCGCCUCACGCUCACGCAGCAUGGAGCUCAUUCAACCCAAAGAGCCCAGCUCCAAACACAUCUCACUCUGCCAUGAGCUGCACACUCUGUUCCAGGUGAUGUGGUCAGGAAAGUGGGCUCUGGUGUCUCCAUUUGCGAUGCUGCACUCGGUCUGGCAGUUGAUCCCGGCGUUUCGAGGCUACGCGCAGCAGGACGCGCAGGAGUUCCUGUGCGAGCUCCUGGACAAAGUCCAACACGAGCUGGAGCGAACCGGAACUCUCACACCAGCCACCGUGCCGGCCAAUCAGAGACGCCUGAUCAAACAGGUGCUCAGCGUGGUCAAUACCAUCUUUCACGGCCAGCUACUCAGCCAGGUAAGGUGUUUGGCGUGUGAUCACCGCUCGAACACGGUGGAGCCCUUCUGGGAUCUGUCGUUAGAGUUUCCCGAGCGUUACCACAGCAACAGUAAGGAUGUCGCGCAGGUGCCGUGUAGGCUGACGGAGAUGCUGGCCAAGUUUACAGAGACGGAGGCUUUAGAAGGAGCCAUUUACGCCUGUGACCACUGCAACAAUAAACGGCGGCGUUUCUGCUCCAAGCAAGUGGUUCUGACAGAAGCUCAGAAGCAGCUGGUGGUCUACAAACUGCCUCAUGUCUUACGGCUACACCUUAAACGUUUCAGGUGGUCCGGUCGUAACCACAGGGAGAAGAUCGGCGUCCAUGUCAAGUUCGAGCAGGAGCUGAACAUGGAGCCCUACUGCUGCAAAGACUCUGCCUCCAACACAUCACUCCACCACCAACACUUCCUCUACCAGCUCUCUGCUGUCGUCAUGCAUCACGGCAAGGGCUUCGGCUCGGGACAUUACACCGCCUUCUGUUACAACACAGAGGGAGGAUUUUGGGUGCACUGUAACGACUCCAAGCUAAGUGUGUGCGCAGUGGAGGAGGUGUGCAAGGCUCAGGCCUACAUUCUGUUCUACACCCAGAGAAACUCUCAGGACAAAGGCAAAGCCACCGACCUCUGACCCCUGCUUAACCAACCAGCCAGUCAGCCAGAGACGUUGUAUCGUACAUUCAUGUCAACAUGGGUUAAAGCCAGUCUGUGUGUAUAUCUGUAACGCUACAUAAGCGUGACCCGCACUCAUGCCUUACCCAGACUGUUGGCAGUAGGCACUCUUGCUGUGUGUGUGAGAGUGUGAGAGAGAGAUAUCAGUCCUAGCCAGGAGCAUUAGUGCAGCUUGGAUCUCUACAUGAGAGGGAGGGUUUUAUUGUCUUGUUUCUCAGUGUGGACGACCACAAACCAAAGUAGAAAAAAACAAAACAAACACUGAAUGUUGGCUGUUCCCUGAUUUACCCUCGAAGGGACAGAUGACAUGACUGUGAUAUCAUGAUUAUAGUGUGAGCGAGCGAGCGAGUGUGUGAGAGAGAGAGAGCGCGACUGACCAGGUUCCUUUACGUCCACAUAAAGUGCCCUGCCAUUCUUUUGAUCAGUUUAUCAAGGCUCUUCUAGUAUUACCAGCUCCUUUAGGAACGUGAUUUGAACAAUUCAGGAGUUUGUUUUCAGUCUGUUUAGACUUUCCAGAAUGUACUUUUAUAUGCUGAGUAUUUGGUUAAACAAGAUUAACUUUUUUAUUUUUGUAAAAAAAAAAAAAAAAAAAAGUUAAUUUAGAUGGGGGGGGACAGGUUCACACCAGCAAACACAACAUAUGCUGUAUGUACAGUAUCCACCUGUGUGAGAGAGAGAGUGUGUGUGUGUGUGUGUGUGAGAGAGAGAGUGUGUGUGUGUGAGAGAGAGUGUGUGUGUGAGAGAGAGAGAAGCUGAUUGGGCUCAUUCUGUGACUCUUGUGGUUAGCAUAUUCUGGGUUUGUGAGAGAACUUUGGUAAUCUUGUGCUGAGUUCACACACACGCUCGAGUCUGCCUCUUUCCUGUUGGUUCCAGUUUGAGUUGCGCCUCUCUUCAGCAGGUAUAGAUGUAUAACUAUGCAAAUUGUUACCUCAAUUUAUAGAGAAGUUUACCUCAAUAAAAUGAGACUAUUUUUGCAUUUUUCUAAAA